UCCUCGUUAAUUAUUAUUUCCUCAUCACAAUAACAACAACAAUUAAAAUAACAAUAAUAUUAAUAUCAAUAAUAAUAAUAAUAAAAAAUGCUGGUGAUCUUGCUCUUCCAGUUCCUCACACCUCUCUGCAGAUCCUAGAUCUGCGAUCAAUUUCACCAUUUUCAAGCAAAUCUCAAAAGAAGAAGAAGAAGAAGAAGAAGAAGAUGUAUAUGGCAUAUGGGUGGCCUCAGGUGAUCCCUCUUGAGCAGGGAGUAUGUUCCUCCGCCCCGAAAAUCGUGUACCUCAAAAUCAUCAACCGUUUGUUACUUGUUGUAUCCCCAACUCACUUUGAACUAUGGAGUUCUUCCCAGCAUAGAUUGAGAUUGGGGAAGUACAAGAGAGAUGCGUAUUCUUUGCAAAAGGAAGGGGAAAACUUGCAGGCCGUGUGGAGCCUUGAUGGCAAAUUAAUCGCCAUUCUUACAUCUUCUUUCUUUCUUCACAUUUUUAAGGUCCAGCUUUCAGAUAAACGGAUACACAUUGGAGGGAAGCAACCCUCUGCUUUGUGCCUAGCUGCUAUAUCCCUUCUGCUUUCCGAGCAAGUUCCUUUCACAGGAAAGGAUUUGUCCAUGAGCAAUAUUGUUUGUGAUAAUAAAUACUUGCUGCUUGGACUUUCUGAUGGAAGUUUAUAUAGUAUGUCUUGGAAGGGGGAGUUCUAUGGGGCUUUUCAAUUUGAUCGAUGUCCUCCAGCUAGCUUUGAAGAUUCUCAAAUACCACUUUCUGUAGAGAAUGGUCUUUCUCCUAAAGGUCACCCAAAGGUUCUUGUGUCCAACCAUGUUACUCCAAAGUCUCAAAUCAGCCAACUAGAACUUUGUCUUCCAUUGAGGUUGCUGUUUGUCUUGUAUUCUGAUGGGCAACUUGUCUCAUGUUCCAUAAGUAAGAAAGGUUUAAAACAGGUUGAUUGCAUUAAAGCAGAAAAGAGAUUGGGAUCUGGUGAUGCUGUAUGCGCUUCAGUAGCCAUUGGACAGCAAAUUCUUGCUGUAGGUACCAGAAGAGGAACAGUUGAGUUAUAUGAUUUGGCUGAUUCGGGAUCACAUAUACGCACAGUCUCUUUGUAUGAUUGGGGAUAUUCAAUGGAUGACACCGGCCCUGUUAGUUGCAUUGCUUGGACACCCGAUAAUUCUGCUUUUGCAGUUGGUUGGAAGUUAAGGGGGCUCACAGUUUGGUCUGUCUCUGGGUGUCGCUUGAUGUCAACAAUCCGACAAAUAGGUUUAAGUUCUGUAUCUUCUCCAAUUGCUAAGCCAAACCAUGAUUGUAAGUAUGAGCCAUUGAUGGGUGGUACCUCACUAAUGCAGUGGGAUGAAUAUGGGUAUAGACUAUAUGCUAUUGAGGGGGAAUCUUCAGGGAGAAUUAUUUCAUUCUCUUUUGGAAAAUGCUGUCUUAGCAGAGGUGUUUCAGACAGCCGACAAGUGAUUUAUGGGGAAGACCGCUUACUUAUUGUGCAGUCUGAAGAGACCGAUGAACUCAAAAUGCUCCAUCUUAAACUUCCAGUUUCUUAUAUUUCCCAAAACUGGCCUGUCCAACAUGUGGCAGCUAGUCAGGAUGGAAUGUACUUAGCUGUUGCUGGCCUCCAUGGUUUGAUACUCUAUGAUAUACGUCUGAAAAGAUGGAGAGUAUUUGGAGAUGUUACCCAGGAACAAAAGAUUCAGUGCAAGGGAUUGUUAUGGCUGGGGAAGAUUGUUGUCGUCUGCAACUAUCUUGUUUCUUCUAACACGUAUGAAUUGCUCUUUUAUCCAAGAUAUCACCUUGAUCAAAGUUCAUUGCUCUAUCGGAAACCAUUGCUUGCCCAACCUAUGGUGAUGGAUGUGUACCAAGAUUAUGUAUUGGUUACUUAUAGACCAUUUGAUGUCCACAUAUUCCAUGUGAAAUUGUUUGGUGACUUAUCUCCUUCGGGAAAUCCUGAUCUACAGCUUUCUGCAGUACGAGAACUUUCAAUUAUGACUGCCAAGAGCCAUCCUGCAGCAAUGCGAUUCAUUCCUGAUCAAAUUCCGAGAGAUUCUAUCUCAAACAACUAUAUUUCAUCUUCAUCAGAUUCGUUAAGAAGAGAGCCAGCAAGAUGUUUGAUAUUGAGAGCCAAUGGGGAACUUUCACUUCUUGAUUUGGAUGACGGACGUGAGAGGAAUCUUACUGAUUCAGUUGAACUAUUUUGGGUUACCUGUGGCCAGUCUGAGGAUAAAACAAAUUUGAUUGAGGAAGUUUCAUGGCUAGAUUAUGGUCAUCGAGGCAUGCAGGUUUGGUAUCCAUCUCCAGGUGCUAAUUCUUUUAAGCAGGAGGACUUCUUGCAGUUGGAUCCGGAGCUGGAGUUUGAUCGCGAAGUAUACCCUCUAGGACUUCUUCCAAAUGCUGGUGUAGUAGUUGGUGUUUCUCAGAGAAUGUCAUUUUCAGCUGGUUCAGAAUUUCCAUGUUUUGAGCCAUCUCCUCAAGCACAAACAAUAUUGCACUGUUUGCUGCGUCAUCUUCUUCAGAGGGACAAAAUUGAAGAAGCUUUAAGGCUAGCAGAUUUAUCAGCUGAGAAGCCUCAUUUUUCACAUUGUCUAGAGUGGCUUCUUUUUACGGUAUUUGAAGCAGAUAUAUCCAGGCCUAAUGCAAACAAGAACCAGCUCUCAGUUCCCAAACAUGCCAAAAGAUCGCUUUUGGAGAAAACCUGUGAUCUUAUCAGGAAUUUUCCGGAGUACCUUGAUGUUGUUGUAAGUGUUGCAAGAAAAACUGAUGGUCGUCAUUGGGCAGAUUUGUUCUCAGCAGCUGGCAGAUCAACAGAAUUGUUUGAGGAAUGCUUUCAACGUAGAUGGUAUCGCACUGCAGCUUGCUAUAUAUUGGUGAUUGCGAAACUUGAGGGUCCUGCUGUUAGUCAGUACUGUGCUUUGCGGUUAUUACAGGCAACACUUGAUGAAUCUCUGUAUGAGCUUGCUGGAGAACUGGUGAGGUUCUUGCUCAGAUCUGGCAGGGAGUACGAUCAGGCAUCAAGUGAUUCAGAUAAAUUAUCCCCCAGAUUUUUAGGAUAUUUUCUUUUUCGUUCUAGUGAGAGGAAGCAGUCAUUGGAUAAAAGUGGCUCGUUCAAGGAGCAAAGUGCUCAUAUUACCUCUGUGAAGAAUAUUUUAGAAAACCAUGCUAGUUACCUGAUGUCCGGGAAAGAGCUCUCAAAGCUUGUUGCAUUUGUAAAAGGCACUCAAUUUGAUUUAGUGGAGUAUCUACAACGCGAAAGAUAUGGGAGUGCUAGGUUGGAGAAUUUUGCUUCAGGGCUUGAACUAAUAAGCCAAAAGCUUCAAAUGGAAACGUUACAGAGCCGGUUGGAUGCAGACUUUCUCCUGGCUCAUAUGUGCUCUGUAAAGUUCAAAGAAUGGAUAGUUGUUCUUGCUACCCUAUUAAGACGAUCUGAGGUGCUUUUCGACUUGUUCCAACAUGAUGUUCGGCUAUGGAAAGCAUACAGCAUCACGCUCCAGUCACACCCAACAUUUGUUGAAUAUCAAGAUUUACUUGAAGACCUUGAACAGAAACUAUCAUCAAUUUCAGAUAGGGAAGAAUAAUAAUAGCUAAUCUGCAUUUCACAUAUGGAAUUUGUUGGUUCCCUGUUGAAGUAAUUUGCUGAGUGGGUUUCAUCGUUCCCCACAAGAUUGUCUGACAAAUCAUGUCACACCAAUUAAGGAGCAUGCAUCGUUCCGUUGUAAUUAAUUGAUUGUGGGGACCGGAAAGCGUAGUUUACGUGCUGGUUUACCAUGAUCCUGUUUACAAAUCAUAUUGGAGGUAAUCCAUUGAAUCCGGAGUAGUGCGUGUAGAUAGAGGUUAGAAGUAUUUGUAGGGAGGCUUGUGCAUGUUUGAGGAUUUCAUUAUUCUUUUAACUUUUUAAUACACAUCUUGUAAUAUGUCUUUUAUUGUAAAAGCAUGAGCAGAUCCAUCUGUACAUAUUAGUUACGCUUCUGAAUUCUGAUAGCUCAACAUUUAUAGCAAGUGGAAUUUAUUGAUCCUGCAACUGGUGCUUUUCUCCA